AUGACAACGAUGUUCGUCCAACUGCGUCGUGUGGUGUGCCUGUUGGUACUUCUGCACUUCUGUACUAGUGUGGCAUAUGCAAGUGGUGAUGCAGGAACCGAAGAUGUGGCACGUGCGAAAGCUGAAACCAAAAUAAAGGUGGCGGUGCUAGAUCCGGAAAAAGCGUGGGAGACGUAUUUGGAUAUCCCAAAUUUCACCGAGGAAGACCUUAAAGGAGACGCGUUUUUGGGGAAAGAGGAAAACAAGGAGUUGAGGAGGACAGUGUGGAAUGCGUUGGUGACCGUCAAGAACUCUGAAAUUCAUUUUAAGAACGGAACGGCGUGUAUGACCGAGUGGAAAAAGGUGGUUGAAGCAAAUGAGAAGACGGUAAAGGACGCCGAGAAGGCCACCGAAAAAAUAAAGGAUCUUAUCAAAAGAAUAGAAGAGGUUGCGGAGUUUGAACCGGUGGACGGUGAUGUUAAUAAAAAAAAAAUGAAGCUUGGGGGUAAGUGCAAGGAUGCAACUCUCAAAAAGCUGCUUCAGGAUAUACCAGGGGUACUGAAAGACACCAGGGGCGGUGCACCAAAGGCUGAGGCGGUUUUUAAAAUUGCCGAAGCGAAUCAAACGGAGAUCCUAUGUAAGGCCACACGGUCGAACGUGGACGAUGUGUUGAGGAAUCUUGAACAGAAGAUCGAUGGCAUUACUACUUUUGUGGGAGAUUAUGAUAGGAGUGAUAAAGCAAUGCUGGUGAAGAGGGCGGCCGAGGGGAUAAACGCCUCUUUGCGAAAUGUCACGGCACUAAUUGACAAUGUAACAGUUCAAGACAGAUUUGCAGUGGGUAAGGCCGUUGCGCAGGUAGAGAUUUGGAAACAGGCGUACGCAGAGCUUGCGCAACUUGCGGAUUUGGGGGGAGCAGAGCCAGGAAGCACCGAUGGGUCAUGUAAUAUUAAGGAAGGUGUGACACAGCUUGAGGAAAUUCGAAGGCUUAUCAACGAACCAAAAAAAGAAAUGGAUGACGCUAUGGUAAAGGUGGGUGCAGAUGGAGCAGAGGGUGCACAGAGCAAAGACACGAAGGAGAAAAAGAAGGAGUACGCCCGUCAGGUCAUGAAAAAUGUGACGGAGACAAUCAAGGGUGUGACCAUGGGUAUGGAGAGGGAGAAGGAGAGGGUUGCCCAAGAAAAGGCUCGAAGGGAGGAAGAAGCAAGAAUAGCUGCGGAAAAAGAAGCGGCAAGAAGAGCCAGGGAGGAGAAGAGAAGACAGGCGGCAGCUGCAGCAGCAGAGGCGCAAAGAGUAAAAAAAGAACAGGAGAGAAAGAAAAGAGAAGAAGAGGCGGAACGGACAGCUGAAAAGGCGAGACUGGCCGCGGCACAAAAGGCCAGGGAAGAAGAGGCCAGACGAGUUGCUGCAGAAAAGGCCAAGAAAGAAGCAGAAAAGGCGAAGAAGAAGAACGAUGGCAGCAUUCCUGCAUUGCUGCACAGUUCCUUGAUUCUACUUGUUCUAUGUUUAUUGGGUUGCACUCUCGUGUGCUAA